GGUCGUCGUAUUUUUCGAACGUUCUGAAUUCGAAUUUCGAAGACAUUACGCGGUCUUCUUCGGCUGUGAUCGUCGUAUGUUUUAGAACGUUUUUAAUUUGAAUUUCGAAGACGUUUGACCGGUUGUAAGAAUGAAGAUGUAUUGGGGAUUGUUGGUGGUGGCUCUGUGUGGUGGUGCGGCGGCUCAUACGAUGCACUUGGGGAAAUGUCCCGUCGUCGAGCCUAUGCCAGGAUUUGAAAUGAACAAGCUCCUCGGUGUGUGGUACGUCAUCCAGAAGACCUCGACCGGCUCGAGCUGCAUCACAUACAAUUUCACCAGGACCUCGGAGCCUGGCACUUACGAGAUCGAGCAGGUCUCGCAGCAUCUCGUGCUGGGGCUGACGCCGUUGAAGCAUGACUACAGAUACACUGGCGUGCUCACCGUGCCCGACCCUGCGGUGCCAGCGCGGAUGAAAGUGCGCUUCCCUCUCAGCGUGGCCGGCUCCGCGAGCUACGUGGUUCUCGCGACGGACUACGAUACGUACGCCGCCAUAUUCACAUGCCAGAGCAUAUUGUUCGGCCACCGACGGUCCGCCACCAUCCUCUCGCGCACCAAGGAGCUGGACAGGAUCUACGUUGAUAAGUUGCGCACCAAACUGUCCUCUUUCAACGUGAGUCCGUACGACCUGUCCAUCAUCUCGCAGUCCAACUGCCCGAAGCACGUCAACGGGACGACGGAAGGCGUCAACAUCAACAUCGAGCCUGACACGUUCUCGUCGCAUAACAUCGGAGAAGCUGUGCGGAAGACCGGCGGCGUCAUAGCCGACGGCGUAGAAUACGUAGUGGAAGCCGGCAAGAAGGUGUACCACAAGGUGGCGAGCAGCAAGGAGGAUUUGACCGAGCCACCCGCCGGCGGCGCGAGGAAUUAUGACGCCGACGCCGAGUGGAUGCCAUGAAGACACAAGUUACUAAUAAGCAACAAAAAGUUUCUAAAUUUUAGAAUCUUAAAUAUAGUUGGUCAAGCAGAUCUUGUCAGUAGAAAAAGGCGGCAAAUUUGAAAAAUGUAAGCGCGAAGGGAUAUCGUCUCAUAGAAAAUUUGAAUUUCGCGCCUUUUUCUACUGACAAGAUUUGUUUGACCGUCUAUAAAUGACGUUCUAAAAUUUAAAAAAAAAAAAAAACAGUUGGAAAAUUUUUAUAAAACUUCUAUUUUCAAAUGUCUGUUACUGGGGCAAUCCAGAAAAGGGUAGCGUAGUCAGCAGCAGAAGUUGCUUAAGCGGGCAAGGUGUUCAAAAUGAUCUUUCCGCGACUUUAUUAUUAAGUGAAUAAGAGCGUGUCAAGGUAAUUUUGAACACCUCGCCCGCUUAGCAACUUCUGCUACUGACUACCUAUUUUUACGUAUUGGUACCAACGUGACGCUUUUUUUAAAGCUUCUGAUAUGUCUACGAACCCUGUUAAGAAAACCGAGCAUGUGUCAUACAUAGUUUUAACUAAAUACUCAAUAUUUUAAUUUUUAAGCCAUUCAGAUGUGCCUCAUACAUUGUACCUAUACCUAUCCUCCUAAGGCUAUAUACCUACUUCUUCAGUUCAAUGAAAUUUCAAUCAUACUCAAUUAGAACAGAGUCGCUUUUGCAUUGUUUCGUUCAAUUUUCAAACAAGGCAAAAUCAACUCCUUUUCUUACACUGUAGGUUCAAAUUUCAGUGGCAAAUUUUGGAGUUUCAAUUUGUAUGCGCCUUAGGAGAAUAUUUAAAUGAACAUAAGGUGAAUGUGGAGAAGACCGGCACAGUCGCUCAGAGUCAGAAAGGAAGAGCUUCACUCUUGCUCUACCGACCUUCCGUAAGUGGAGGAUGUGUACAAACGCAAGAGGACUAUUAAAAUAGGUUUUAUAUAGUAUUUAUAAUUUUAUACCUUUUGUCUAUUCGUCACUUUAUUAUAUUGUUUUUAGUUGUCAGUAAAUGCUUGACCGGCCCCAAUUUCACAUCGGUGACAGGUGCGACGAAUUGUAAAAUCACUGUUGCUGACGUCACAGGCAUCCAUGGGCUACGAUUACCACUUACCAUCGGGCGGGCCGUACUCCUGUUUGCCACCAUCAUUGUAUUAUUUAAAAAAACUUUAUUAUAUCGGAUAAAAACAGAUAUUUCUCCUGCGAGGUUUCUGACAAUUGUCAAAGAUUUAGAAGAAUUGUAGGUAAUUCUUGACAGGUAAUGAGUUAUAUGUCGGAAUUUCGUGACAAUUGUAGUGUUUCUUGUGACAAUUGUCAGAAACCUCGCAGGAGAAAUAUCUGUUUUUAUCCGAUAUAAUAAAGUUUUUUUUAAUAAUACAAUGAUGGUGGCAAACAGGAAUACGGCCCGCCCGAUGGUAAGCGGUAACCGUAGCCCAUGGAUGCCUGUGACGUCAGCAACAGUGAUUUUACAAUUCGUCGCACCUGUCACGUUGGUGAAACAGGGGCCUGAAUGCCGGCUUUUUCGUUUCUCUCUCCGCAUAUUAGCUAUGGAAUGGUUAAUGUCCUCAAUUCAUUGUAGACGGUCUUCGCCACAUUGGCCUUACUGUUGUUUACCUUACGGUACUGAGACCAAAGAACCACGUGGGAAAUAAGCAGUAUCAAGAAUAUCACAGAAUACAUAUUUAACUAGUGACAUUAUUUUUAUACUAUUUUUUGUGAAGAAUAAAGAGUGAAAUGUAA